GCAAAUGGGUACCAAGAUUUCUCUAGUUUAGACGCCAUGGAAGUCAAAAGUGAGGAGUCUUUGGUGGGUUUUGAUUCUUGUUAUAAUCAACAACAACAAUCCUUUGUCCCUCGCAGUUAUAGUGGUGUUGAAAAUGUAGCAAAGUAUAUGCAGAGGAGUUAUAGUAGCAAUUCUUUUGAUAAUAAAUCUGGUUUUCUCUUUCAACCUCGCUUUGAUACUCUGAUGGAGCCUCCAAAUGUUAACAACCAAGCCUUGAGUUCACCUGAAAGUAACUUUUUCAGUGGGCAAAUGAGGAGGGUUUGCAGUACUGGAGAUUUACAAAAUACAGGAACAGCACAUAAACCACAGAGGUCUUUUUCAAGUCAUGUAGCAACAGAGAGCCCAUUCACGGAGGAAGCAAACUUCAAAGUUGGGCGUUACAGUGCUGAAGAAAGAAAAGAAAAGAUUUUGAAGUACAGAGCUAAACGAAAUCAAAGGAACUUCAACAAGACGAUUAAGUAUGCAUGCCGCAAAACGCUAGCGGACAACCGACCACGUAUACGUGGCAGAUUCGCGCGCAACGACGAAACUGGAGAGAUUCCCAAAGCUGCAUGUUCAACCAGAUAUGAAGACGAAGACGAGCUCUGUCUUGGUGGGUUGCAUGAAGAAGACGAUCAUGGGACAAUGAGAGGACCAGCUUUUGUGAGCAGUUACGGACAACACCAGUUCCAGUAUUAUGGCUGCUUUGAGAUGGAUAGUGACCCUUUUUUCCAAUUAGGAUGAAUGAAUGAAUGAAUGUUUAGGUCAAUAGAACAUCGAUCGAAGAACACAGAUCCCCUUUUGAAGAAAAACAAAAUUCAGAAGUUCUUUUUCAAUAAGUUACUGCAUGAUGAACUUACGUUAAAUUAAGUUUCAGAUUUGUUCUUGUAGGAUUAGCAGCUUUUCGCAGUUGUCUUUG